AUGGAUAUUUCUAAACCAGUUGGUUCUGAAAUCACAUCUGUUGAUUUUGGGAUCCUAACAGCUAAAGAAAUUAGAAAUUUGUCAGCAAAGCAAAUCACCAACCCUACAGUUUUGGAUAAUUUGGGUCAUCCAGUUUCUGGCGGUUUAUACGAUUUAGCCUUGGGUGCCUUCUUAAGAAAUUUGUGUUCCACUUGUGGUUUGGACGAAAAAUUCUGUCCUGGUCAUCAAGGCCACAUUGAACUACCUGUCCCUUGUUAUAAUCCGUUAUUCUUCAAUCAGCUGUAUAUCUAUUUGAGGGCAUCAUGUUUGUUCUGUCACCAUUUCCGUCUGAAGUCAGUUGAAGUUCAUCGUUACGCAUGUAAGUUGAGAUUGUUACAAUACGGUUUGAUUGACGAAUCUUACAAAUUAGAUGAAAUAAACUUGGGCUCUCUUAACAGCGGUAUGUACACCGGUGACGAAGCUAUUGAAGACAAUGAAGAUGAAUUCAUGGAUGGCGAGGAUAAGCAAUCAAAGGAUGUUUCCUCCACUUUAUUGAACGAGUUGAAAACUAAGCGUGCAGAGUAUGUCGAUAUUGCUAUUGCUAAAGCACUAUCGGACGGUAGGACUACUGAAAGGGGUUCUUUUACCGCUACCGUCAACGACGAAAGAAAGAAAUUGGUUCACGAUUUUCUCAAAAAGCUAUUAACCAGAGGGAAAUGUGAUAACUGUGGUAUGUUUUCGCCAAAAUUCAGAAAAGAUGGUUUCACCAAGAUUUUUGAAACUGCAUUGAAUGACAAACAAAUCACAAAUAACAGAGUGAAGGGUUUCAUUCGUCAAGAUAUGAUCAAGAAACAAAAGCAGGCGCAAAAACUGGAUGGUUCUAAUGAAGAAUCUGCAAACGAUGAAGAAAGUUUCGACGUGGGUAGAAAUCCUUCUGCUAGGCCAAAGACAGGUUCCACAUAUAUUUUAUCUACUGAAGUGAAGAAUAUUUUGGAAACUGUUUUCAAGAAAGAACAGUAUGUUUUACAACAUGUUUUUCACUCUAGACCCAAUCUAUCAAGAAAAUUGGUUAAGGCUGAUUCUUUCUUCAUGGACGUCAUCGUUGUUCCACCAACCAGGUUCCGUUUACCAUCUAAGCUAGGUGAUGAAGUUCAUGAAAACUCUCAAAAUCAACUGUUGUCAAAGGUUUUGACAACAGCAUUGUUGAUUAGAGAUCUAAACGAUGAUUUGUCUAAAUUACAGAAGGAUAAAGUCUCUCUGGAAGAUAGAAGAGUGAUUUUUAGUAGAUUAAUGAACGCGUUUGUCACCAUUCAAAACGAUGUCAACGCUUUUAUUGAUUCAACCAAGGCACAGGGCAGAACUAGUGGUAAGGUUCCAAUCCCCGGUGUCAAGCAAGCUUUGGAAAAGAAGGAGGGUUUGUUCAGAAAGCAUAUGAUGGGUAAGCGUGUUAACUACGCUGCUCGUUCUGUUAUUUCUCCAGAUCCGAAUAUCGAAACGAACGAAAUUGGUGUUCCACCUGUUUUCGCAGUCAAGUUGACUUACCCAGAACCAGUGACCGCUUAUAACAUUGCAGAGUUACGUCAAGCUGUCAUCAAUGGUCCUGAUAAAUGGCCAGGUGCAACCCAAAUUCAAAAUGAAGAUGGUUCUUUGGUCUCUUUGAUCGGGAUGUCCUUGGAACAACGUAAGGCACUAGCUAAUCAAUUGUUAACUCCUUCUUCAAAUGUUUCCACACAUACUUUAAACAAGAAGGUUUACCGUCAUAUCAAGAACAGAGAUGUUGUCUUAAUGAAUCGUCAACCUACUUUACAUAAAGCUUCCAUGAUGGGUCAUAAGGUUAGAGUGUUACCAAAUGAAAAAACUUUGAGAUUGCAUUAUGCUAAUACCGGUGCUUACAAUGCAGAUUUCGAUGGUGAUGAAAUGAACAUGCAUUUCCCUCAAAACGAAAAUGCAAGAGCUGAAGCCCUAAAUCUAGCUAAUACUGAUUCACAAUACUUGACUCCGACUUCAGGUUCUCCAGUUAGAGGUUUGAUUCAAGAUCAUAUUUCUGCUGGUGUUUGGUUAACAAGUAAAGACAGUUUCUUUACUAGAGAGCAAUAUCAACAAUACAUCUAUGGUUGUAUUCGUCCUGAAGAUGGACAUACCACUAGAAACAAAAUCAUCACUUUGCCUCCAGCUAUCUUCAAACCAUAUCCACUUUGGACAGGUAAACAAAUCAUUACAACAGUGCUGUUGAAUGUUACUCCACCAGAUAUGCCAGGUAUCAAUUUGAUAUCCAAAAAUAAGAUUAAGAAUGAAUAUUGGGGUAAAGGCUCUUUGGAAAACGAGGUUCUCUUCAAGGACGGUGCAUUGCUAUGUGGUAUUUUAGACAAAUCACAAUAUGGUGCUUCGAAGUAUGGUAUUGUGCACUCAUUGCAUGAAGUUUACGGUCCAGAAGUUGCUGCUAAAGUUUUAUCAGUUUUGGGUAGGUUAUUUACUAACUAUAUCACAGCUACGGCAUUUACUUGUGGUAUGGACGACUUACGUUUAACUGAUGAAGGUAACAAAUGGAGAACUGACAUUCUGAAGACAUCUGUUGAUACUGGUCGUCAAGCCGCUGCUGAAGUUACCAAUUUGAAUAAAGAUACACCAGCAGAUGACGCAGAAUUAUUAAAGAGAUUACAAGAAAUUUUACGUGACAAUAAUAAGUCAGGUAUUCUCGAUGCUGUUACAUCUUCUAAGGUUAACGUUAUCACUUCCCAAGUUGUCUCCAAGUGUGUACCAGACGGUACCAUGAAAAAGUUUCCAUGUAAUUCCAUGCAAGCAAUGGCUCUGUCCGGUGCUAAAGGUUCUAACGUUAACGUUUCCCAAAUCAUGUGUUUGCUGGGUCAACAAGCUUUAGAAGGUAGAAGAGUGCCAGUGAUGGUCAGUGGUAAAACUUUACCAUCAUUCAAACCUUAUGAAACGGAUGCCAUGGCCGGUGGUUAUGUUAAGGGUCGUUUCUAUUCUGGUAUUAAACCUCAAGAAUAUUAUUUCCAUUGUAUGGCUGGUCGUGAAGGUUUGAUUGAUACUGCCGUCAAGACAUCCAGAUCUGGUUACUUGCAGCGUUGUUUGACAAAACAAUUAGAGGGUGUUCAUGUAUCUUAUGACAACAGUAUAAGAGACGCCGAUGGUACUUUAGUGCAAUUCAUGUAUGGUGGUGAUGCUGUUGACAUUACUAAAGAAUCUCAUAUGACUCAAUUUGAGUUCUGUCUGGAGAACUACUACGCAUUGUUGAAAAAAUACAAUCCAUCUGCCUUAAUCGAACAUUUAGAUGUUGAAUCUGCAUUGAAGUACUCUAAGAAGACCUUGAAAUACAGAAAGAAACAUAGCAAAGAACCACAUUACAAGCAAUCAAUUAAAUAUGACCCUGUCUUGGCCAAAUACAAUCCUGCUAAAUAUUUGGGUUCCGUUUCUGAAAACUUCCAAGAUAAAUUAGAAUCCUUCUUGGACAAGAAUUCCAAAUUAUUUAAAUCAGCAGAUGGUGUUAAUGAAAAGAAAUUCAGAGCUCUAAUGCAAUUGAAGUAUAUGCGUUCUCUAAUUAAUCCAGGUGAAGCUGUUGGUAUUAUUGCCUCUCAAUCCGUUGGUGAACCUUCAACCCAAAUGACAUUGAAUACUUUCCAUUUUGCAGGUCACGGUGCCGCUAAUGUGACACUAGGUAUUCCUCGUUUAAGAGAAAUUGUUAUGACCGCUUCUUCUGCUAUCAAAACUCCUCAAAUGACAUUACCUAUUUGGAAUGACGUUUCCGACGAGCAAGCUGAUACUUUCUGUAAAUCUAUUUCAAAAGUUUUACUAUCUGAAGUGAUAGAUAAGGUGACAGUUACUGAAACGACUGGAACCUCAAAUACCGCUGGGGGAAAUGCCGCUCGUUCCUAUGUUAUUCAUAUGAGGUUUUUUGACAACAGCGAGUAUAGUGAAGAAUAUGACGUUUCUAAGGAGGAAUUACAAAACGUGGUAUCUACACAAUUCAUACAUCUGUUGGAAGCUGCCAUUGUAAAGGAAAUAAAAAAACAAAAAAAGACUACCGGACCAGACAUCGGUGUUGCAGUGCCAAGAUUGCAAACUGAUGUUGCAAGCAGUUCAAACUCUAAAAGAUUGGAAGAAGAUAACGAUGAAGAACAAAGUCACAAGAAAACCAAGCAAGCCGUUUCAUAUGACGAACCAGAUGAAGAUGAAAUUGAAACUAUGAGAGAAGCUGAAAAGUCUUCCGACGAAGAAGGUGUCGAUUCUGAUAAGGAAAGUGGUUCUGACUCUGAUGAAGAUGAAGAUGUUGACAUGAAUGAACAAAUCAACAAGAGCAUAGAAGAAGCUAACAACAAUAUGAGCAAAUUGCAACGUGAUCGUCAAUCAGCCAUCAUUUCUCAUCAUAAGUUCAUUACCAAAUACAAUUUCGAUGAUGAAUCAGGUAAAUGGUGUGAAUUCAAGUUAGAGUUAGCUGCGGAAACCGAAAAGUUGCUGAUGGUUAACAUUGUCGAAGAAAUUUGUAGGAAUUCUAUUAUUAGACAAAUUCCUCGCAUUGAUCGUUGUGUUCAUCCAGAACCAGAAAACGGAAAGCGUGUUCUUGUUACUGAAGGUGUUAAUUUCCAAGCUAUGUGGGACCAAGAAGCGUUUAUCGAUGUUGAUGGUAUUACAUCCAAUGAUGUUGCUGCUGUUCUAAGAACAUACGGUGUAGAAGCAGCCAGAAAUACCGUUGUGAAUGAAAUCAAUAACGUUUUUUCACGUUAUGCUAUCUCUGUUUCUUUCCGUCAUUUGGAUCUAAUUGCUGAUAUGAUGACCAGGCAAGGUACUUAUUUAGCCUUCAACAGACAAGGUAUGGAAACAUCUACCUCAUCGUUUAUGAAAAUGUCCUACGAAACCACAUGUCAAUUCCUGACCAAGGCCGUCUUAGACAAUGAACGUGAACAACUAGACAGUCCUUCUGCUAGAAUCGUCGUAGGCAGAUUGAAUAAUGUCGGUACAGGUUCAUUCGAUGUUUUGGCAAAGGUUCCAAAUGCUGCUUAA